GAUGGCUUCGUGUCGAGUAAGGCCUUGGGUAUGCCAGGAACAGAAACUCGCAUGUGACUGUAGCUGCGAAAGCCGGUUAUGUAUUGCCACCGCCGUCGCUCGGAUAUCAUCUGCUCACCAUCCACCACCACACCGCAUCCUUCGUUAUGAACGCAUCUCAGCAGCCCGGGGUCCUGCAAACUCCGGGAUUCGCGCACUACUCUCUUGCUUGGUCGCCAUUUCACACAACACGGUUGGUACUUGCUUCGUCGGCCAACUUCGGACUGUCUUGACCAUUGACAAAAGAUAUGAAACCCAAGACGGGCUGUACGACGUUGCUUGGUCUGAAAUACACGAGAAUCAAGUCGUGACGGCUUCGGGCGACGGUUCAAUAAAGCUUUGGGACAUAUUGUUGAAGGACCUUCCUAUCCGAGCAUGGCAAGAGCAUACGCGAGAAGUAUUCUCCGUCGAUUGGUCAAAUCUCAAGAAAGAUAUGUUUGCUUCUUCGUCAUGGGAUGGCUUGGUCAAACUGUGGUCACCAGAACGUCCGCGGUCUAUUUUGACACUACAAGCCCACCAUGCUUGUGUCUAUCAAGCCAUGUUCUCUCCUCAUCAACCUGACCUUCUUGCAACAUGUUCAACGGACGGCACACUUAAGAUAUUCGACUUGCGCUCUCCUUCAUAUGUCAACUCCGGUCCCAAUUCCAACGCCUUCUCUAGCCCGCUUUCAGCGGCUGUCCUGACAGUGCCGGCUUCGACAACUGAAAUCUUAUCAAUUGACUGGAACAAAUACCGACCCAUGGUCCUGGCGAGUGCCGGUGUCGAUAAACUUGCCAAGGUCUGGGAUUGUCGCAUGGUGAAGACUGGAGAGAUCAACCAAGUUGGCGGGAUCUGCGAGACGCAGCUGAUGGGACACGAAUAUGCCGUUCGGAAAGUGCAAUGGAGUCCACAUCGACCAGAUGUGUUGGCGACGGCGAGCUAUGACAUGACUUGCAGAGGAUGGACAACAACACCGACACCUGGCCGACCUCAGUUAUUACACAUUCACGAUCCGCAUACGGAGUUUGUCGUCGGCUGUGGUUGGUCUUUGUAUGAGGAAGGUAUCCUGGCGAGCUGCAGCUGGGACGGUAGGCUGAAUGUGUUCCGAGUUUA